AUGAAGACUCAAUCUAUGCUUCUCGCCGCUCUGGCCUCGGCCCCUGCUGCCCUUGCCCACACUGUUUUCACCGAUUUCUUCGUCGACGGCGUGCCUCAGGGUGAUGGUGUUGCCAUCCGCAUGAACCCCAAUGCUGCGAAAGCCAGCAGUCCCAUUGCCAGCCUCGAUAGCGACGACAUGGCCUGCAAUGUCGGUGGUACCAAGGGAGUCUCCCGCGUCCAGCCUGUCAAGGAUGGCGCCCUCCUUACGUUUGAGAUCCGUUCAUGGCCCAAUGACCCUACCAAGGAGCGUCUUGACCGCGGCCACAAGGGUCCCUGUGCCGUUUACUUGAAGAAGGUCGCAGAUGCUAGCACCGACAAGGCUGCUGGUGAUGGCUGGUUCAAGAUCUUCGACCAUGGUUACGACGCGUCUACUGACCGCUGGUGCACCGACGAGAUCAUUGACAACAAUGGUCUAUUGAAUGUGAACCUCCCCAAGGGCCUUGAGGGAGGUGACUACCUUGCCCGCCCCGAGAUCCUUGCUCUCCACGCCGCAAAUGACAAUGAUCCUCAGUUUUACACUGGGUGCGCACAGAUCUUCCUCGAGAGCAGCGGAAACCUUGUCCCGGAGAGCACUGUCUCCAUCCCUGGCUACGUAAAGUAUGGUCAGCCGUCUACCGACUUCGACAUCUACAACACUCCCGGCAGCAAGUACGUUGUCCCUGGCCCCAAGGUCGCCAAGCUCACAGCUGGCGGUACGCAAAAAGCGUCGACCACUCAAGCCGAUGGGUUGAAGCCUGAGGGCUGCAUUAUGGAGAACGCAAACUGGUGCGGCAAAGAAGUUUCGUCGUACAACACAGAAAAGGGCUGCUGGGCCUCAGCCCAAGAGUGCUGGGACCAGAGUGAUGUGUGCUUCAACACCAGCCCUGCAACUGGCAAUGCAGGCUGCAAGAUCUGGCAGGACAAGUGCAAGGACAUCAACGCUCAAUGCACAGCUAUGAACUUCAACGGCCCUCCUAACAAGGGCAAGGUUCUGACUCCUGUCAAGAAGAGCAUCGAUGUUGGCAAGAUCAUGGCGACUGCAGGCGGUGGUAUCGUGGAUGCUGCGCCCAAGACGAGCUCUGCGAAGAAGGAGACACCCGCAAAGGCUACUCCUAUGCCUGUGGCUGACAAGGUUGUAUCUGCUGCGCCCAAGCCUACAGUCGACGACCAGUACGAGAGCCCUCCUAUCGUCGAGGCUUCGGCUGCUCCUCCGGCGCCCACAAAGCCCAGCACCCUUUCCAAGGUCCCUGUCUCUACCAUCACCGUCGGACCAUCGUCCGCGAAUGGUCCUGCCCCAACUGAAGUGUCAUGCCCCCAGGGAUGGAAGUGCGUUACUGUAACGGAUGUUGAGGUUGUUACCACGACGGUCUACGUGACUGCUACUGCAUGGUAG